CCCUGUUCACUGCAGGGGAGUUGGACCAGAUGGCCUUUAUAGGUCCCUUCCAACUCAGGCAAUUCUAUGAAAAUCAUUGGGUGGGUCUCAGGCACAGUGACACCUUGUUGUUUGUCCCAGUAGAAACUCAGUGUUGAAAGUUUAAAGACAUCUUAAUUGUCAGGUUUCAGUUCUGAAUCAUCAUUAACUGGCUGAGUGUUCCCCGUUCAGCUGUUUCUUUUUCAUAGAACACCAGAAAGGGGGUAGUCUCAUCUCUGCAAAUGCUUCACCCAGGGUGGUGUAACUGGAGGAAGAAAGAGUCCACUAAUCUGUUAUGCUGGUUCAACGUUCACAUUGAUAAUGAAACAAAACAAAUUACAACUGUUGCCUGGUUAAUUGUCUUAUCUGCUGUUAAACAGAAGCACCAACAUGCAGAUAAAAGCAGAUGGUGCUGCUCUUCAAGCAAAUAAUGCAUUAUAAUUUAUAUAAGGACCGUAUCAUGGGACAGUUUACAAUAAUUACUGAUAACUGAAACAACAGGAGGACAAAAUGACUGAAUAAUAAUUGGUAGCCUUUAACAAAAGUCAUUAGGUUAUGAACCAAACCCACGGCUUGUAGCCCAUUACUUUUGUUGCUCUCCUCAGCCUACCCCACUGCUCACUGGCUACUCUCAGUUGGCUGGGGAGAGCCAGAGGGUCACAAAAAGGAGACUCAUGGGUCAGGCAGGCAGCUGUAAGGAACUGCAUGAAGAGGAGCAAGGAGGUACCUCAGUGCUGCGCCAGCACUGCUUGGUAAUGGCUGUGAGAUUGGCUCUACUGCCAUCACGAACUCCAAACACAGCUGCUGUGAGAAGGAUUGACUCCAUCCUAGCCAAAACCAGUGUACCUGCUUAUGCAAGUGGCACUGUCACACUGAAAGAGUUACCUAGUAUACAUCAGUCUGUGAAGGUAGCAUAGAUAAUAUUGUCCUGGUUCAUCAGCAUUUGCUUGCUUGCACUCAAGGUUGUUUCCAUUGCAGAUAUUACAUGAGAGUCUUCCAGUGGUGGAAAAAAGAAACCGUAAACUUUAGCUGAUUUGAGAGAUACAAAGUUGUGGUAACAUUUCUAUUAAAUAAGUACAAAAGGAUAUAAGCAGUGGAGGAUUUAUCUGCAAUAGUUAAGUGUGGUGUAAUAGUAGGAGUACAGUUCACACUAGGUUGCUAUCUGAUGUUCAGAUUAUCAGGGUGUUUCCUCCAGCUGUGACUGUUCUGACCUUUACAGUCAAGCUCCUCCUGGACGUUUUACACACUGAUGAUAAGCAUAUCCAUUUAUUUUUGUAGUUACACUACAGCUCUGUUGCCCAAGGCAGGGCACUGCUGUGUGACUCUUGGUGCCACCUGUCCCGAGGCCCCAUCCUGCAAUGGGAAAAGCCCCAGCCUGUGGCUGGGGUUUCCUCAGUGAGCUCUGAACCACUAUUCCAGAGCUGAAACAGGGCAGGUGAAGGCAAGGGUUCUGCCUGCAUAGAUUUAUGUUUAAAUACGCAGCGUGGCUGAUUAGGCAGAUUUCUUCCUUGUGACUGAAAUGAAAUGACGGUUUUCUAAGCGAUAAUGAAGUUGAUUAGUACUCUGCAACGUAAGUAAUGCACUGAAUCUUUCUUAGUAUAUCUGUAUUCGUAUGUCAAAAAAGCCCUAAAGCACCUGAGACGGGUGUUUUUAUACUGCCACUAUUUAUUGCAGUGUGGAUGCGUUACUUGUGAUGGAAGCCUGAAGAUUUACAGCUUUCUGUUGUUUCCACUUGGGUAAAAGCCUGGAAGAGAUGUUCAGUUUGGAUUUAAACUGCCUCGUAGGAAAUAGUACCUGCAUAGAGAGGAGCUGGCUGCAGAAUCAGACGUGGACACCCUCUGCUCCCAGCAGCCUUGAUGUCUUCUCUGAUGUUUUCCGUCAGACAGAUGGAGAACUGCUCCCAGUGCUUCGGAUAGAGUGGAAGGUGGCCACUGAUGCUAGCAUCCGCUAUCUCCGAGGGGCAGAGCUGGCUGUCAUGCAAGUGAGCAGCAAUCAACAGAUCUGCGCCCAGUUUGAAUUUCAGAACAACUUGCCUCUUCAGGUCCGUCCAGAUGGAGGCCGGUGGAAUUUCACUUUUAACCGCUUUGAGGUGGAACCUGGCCAGACUUACCAAGUGACUGUCUACCACCUACCCAAACUGAGUGUAAAGGGAGACUACAAUUGCAAGUCCAAGUCUCUCACAAUGCCUGACUGCAAGGACCCUCUGAUGAAAAGAACCACCCCAUGUAUAAAGACAGGCAGCCUGUGGGAGCCCAGGAUCCACGCUAAAAGUCUAGAUGAUAUAACUCUGCUGGUGAGCUUUAACCCAUGGAAGGAACCAACCCGAUACCAAAUUCAUGUGACCAGCUUCCUGAAUGAGAGGAAAUGUAAAAUGAUCACACAUGACGUCACAGAGGGUGAACUGCAACCACAAGCAAAUGUCACAAUCAAAAUGGAGAAGAACUUGAGAGCUUGCUGCAACUACAAAGUACAGAUUCAGCCGUUCUUUGCUAUCUGUGGUACAGACUGUCUGAGGCACUCUACUUUCAUCCCAUGUUCACCAGCUCCAAGUGUGGGCCCAUCAGAUGAUAUGAUGAUGUGGGUGUACUGGUGUAUCACUGGGAUCUGUGUGUUACUGGUGGGAUCAGUCAUAGCAGGUGUCAUUUGUAUGACCAAAAAACGAGCAGGACACCAGCGAGGAAAGUGCAGUCACUCUGAUUUGCAAACUGCAGUACCACCUACCGACCUUCCUCUACCACCCUUAAAGCCCCGGAAGGUUUGGAUUGUAUACUCUGCCGACCACCUGCUCUACGUGGAUGUGGUGCUGAAGUUUGCUGAGUUUCUGAUGACUGUCUGUGGCACUGCUGUAGCCUUAGAUCUGCUAGAAGAUCAUCAGAUCUCGGAGUUAGGGCCGUUACCCUGGCUCACUCGACAGAAGAAGGAAAUGGAAGAACUAUCUUCAAAGAUCAUAAUCUUAUGCUCACGAGGCACCCAGGCCAAAUGGCAAGCCAUGCUUGGGAGCGCGCCUGUUUGUCUCAAGCAAGAUCAGCAAAAGCCAACUGGAGACCUGUUCACCCCAGCCCUGAAUUUGAUCCUGCCAGAUUUCAAGAAGCCAGCCUGUUUUGGAAUGUAUAUAGUCUGCUAUUUCAAUGGGAUAAGUAGUGAGAAAGAUAUUCCUGAUCUGUUCAAUGUCACAUCCAGGUAUCAACUGAUGGACAAGUUUGAGGAUAUUUAUUUUCGGAUUCAGGACUUGGAGAAGUUUGAGCCUGGGCGCAUCCAUCGAAUCCAGGAAAUCACAGCUGAAAACUACAUUGAUACCCCUAGUGGGAGGAAGUUGAAAGAGGCAAUUCAGAAGUUCAGAAGCUGGCAGACAGAGCACCCAAACUGGUUUGAGGCUGAAAGCAUCGGCCUGGAUAAUGUUGAAGAGUUGCAGUCCCUAAACGUAGAGAGCCAGGUGGAUUCGUUGCUAAGUGAACCAGGUGGAAUUGUGAAACACCAGCUGCACCUACGAGAACCUGACCCUAACUGCUGUUAUGUUGUCAAUCUCCACAUUUGUGAAGGUGAGAAUAGAGGGUGUAAACUACAGCCUCAGCUUAAUCUCUGUGGAGAUCCAGCUUCUCAGACUCUGAUCGAUCCUAUGGAUGAGGCUGCUCCAGUUCAGAUAGUAGAGCCAGUCUCUCCCAUGGAAGACAAAAAUAUAUUUGGCCAUCAUGUGCUGAGUAAUGAGGACUGCAUGGAAGGAGUUCCUCUUCUGGAGACAAGUUUUCCAAUGAGGAAUAACGUCAUCCUCCAUGAUGACUAUGAUGUUUCAGCAAUAGAUGACCAAAGUCCUGCAAACCUCUCAGGGGAACUGAGGCACCAUCUGAAUGGACUUAUGUACUCUCUUUAUCAGCAGAGUGUCAUUCCUUCAGAUCCAUGUUUCUGCCAAGAGGAGGCUGACAGGCAGCACCAGUUGAUCUUUGAAGACCAGUGCAAAGACCAAAGACAGUCAGUACAGUCAGACCAGGGUUACAUCUCUAGAUGUUCUCCUUUGCCUCCUGAUGACCCUGUGGAAGAGGAGGAAGAGGAUCAGGAGAAUCAGGUGGUUUGUCAUGAACUCUCUCCAGAGAUCUUGAACAGUCUAAAGAGCCUCCAGCAGCAGCUUUUUUUCCAGGACAUUCAACAGAGCUCUGAGUCGGGGUAUCCAGCAGAGCUGGUGAACAUGAGCCCAUCUUCAGAGGACUGUUAGGCUUUAUCUGGGACCUGCUCCAUCUGAAAUACGCAGAUGGAAGCUGGCACCACAUCCAGCACUGAAACUGUGUUUCCAACACCAUCCUUCUCCUUGUAUUACAUGAGACUAAUUGGUGGGAUCUUCCUGUCUGCUGCAGGGAGGCGGGAUUGCCCAGCAGUUGAUUAACAUCUCUGCUUCUGAUCUCUGUAUGGGAGAGAAGCAACAAAUACUAGUCAUCACUGUGACAGAACAAGCAGUGGUUCUGCUCCCGGGGGACGUGUAUUGUAUUGAGUCCUCACUGCAGAAAAAUUACCUUGGUUCACCCACCUGUGCCUUCAAAACUCCCUCCAAAUGUAAUGGUUUUAUUGCACUAGAUAGAAAGCAAGACCAAGAAUCAGACUGUAGAAUUAGAUAGCAUGACAAACUUUGCAUUGCCAGUUUGGGUUUGGUUUUUUUAAUAUAUAUAUUUUUUUAAUAAUGUGUUAAAGAUGUGUGCCUUAAACUUCAGCUAGAUUAAGACUGUCUUUACAUAAUCACAUAAUAGUUUAGGUUGGGCCAGAUAAACUGCAGAGGUCCAACACCUCUGCUCAAGCAAGGCAACCUACAAUAGAUUGUCCAGGCCCAUGUUCAUGUCGCUUUUGAUUAUCUCCAAGCAGAGAGACUGCACAACCUCUCUGAGCAAACCCUGUACAUUAUCAGCUGCACAGAAAAAAAGCACUUCCUGAUGUUCAAAAGGAAACUAUUUGUGCCUGUUGCCUCAUGACCUGUCACUGGGUACCAGUGAAAGGAGCCUGUCUCUGCCCUCUUUUGUACUCUCCCUUUAUGUACAUAAUACCUACAAGAGGGAAUGUCCUCAAGUUGUGCCAGGGGAGGUUCAGAUUGGAUAUUAGGGAAAGUUCUUCUCAGAAAGAGUGGUGAGGGUUUGGAACAGGCUGCCUUGGGAAGUGGUGGGGUCACUAUCCCUGGAGGCAGUCAAGAAAUGUGUAAAUGUGGUACUAAGGAACAUGGUUUAGUGGGCAGUGUUGGUGGUAGGUGGAUGUUUGGACUAGGUGACCUUAGAGGUCUUUUCCAACCUUAACAAUUCUAUCAUUCUACGUAGAAAAGAUGGCUCCUGACCUUUCUCUAGGCUCAACAGUGCCAACACUCAGCCUGUCAUUGUAUAUGAGAGAUGAUGUAGUCCCCUAACCAUCUUUGUGGCCCUUCAUUGGACUCUAUCCAGUAUGUCCAUGUCUCUUGUGUACUGAGGAGCUCAGCAGUGGACAUAGUACUCAAGGCAUGUCUUCACCAGAGUUGAUUAGAGGAAAAGCUUUACCUGCUGGAAGUGCUUUGCCUAAUGCAGCCCAGGAUACAUUCAGUCUGAUUUGCAGCAAGAGCGCAUUGCUGGCUCAUGCUUAUCUCAGUGUCCUAUAGGAUUCCCAUGUCCUUUUCCACAAAGGGCACCCAGCCUGUUCUGCUGCUUGGGGUUGUUACUCUCAAGGUGCAGGGAUUUGCACUUUGUGUUUAACCAUGUGCCUGGAAAUGGUUUCAGGAUGAACUGUUCCAUGAAUUCCCAGGGAUCAAGGCGAGGCUGACCAGUCUACAGCUGCAUGAGUCUUCCUUUUUGUUGUUCUUGCAGAUAGGGCAUUUGAUGUUCUCCUGUCUUUAGGCUCUUCUCCCAGUUGCCAUGAUCAGUCAAAGAUUAUCAAUUACUUCUUCCAGCUCCCUCAGCAUUCCUGGAUGGAUCCCAUCAGAGAUGGAAUGACCACGUUUAUGAAUAUCCAGUUUGCUGAUGUAUUCCCUGACUUUAUCCUGAGCAAAAAUGAGCGUGAGGUAUUCCUUGUGUGAAUACAGACACAAGCAAAGGUUAUUUCAGGCUAACCAUCGUGAAAACACCCUAAUAAGAGGUUAUGGGGUUGAUCCUUCCAUAGCAGUGAUGCUGUCAAUUUCAAGACUGAGCUGGAUGCACUAGGAAGACUUAUUCCGUGCCACUGAUCCUCUACUGGCCAACGUAGCAUUGACUGAGUAGAAAACUAGUUGGAGCUGGUACUUACUGUAGGUAUUGUCACAGUUUCUGCAGUCCAACCAGUUGGUUACUGUUCAUGAGAUACAAGCACCUCCAAGCCUUUCUACUUAAUGUUCAGGCAAGCUUGUCAUCUUCCUAUCCUUUUAAGUUUACUUGUCAAGAAAUUUUGAGAUCAUUUUAUUUUGGCUUUUUAAAAAUCUGAUAUCUCAGAAGAUAAUCUGCUCUUUUGACUUGCAACCAAUGUUUUAUUAUGUAUAUUUUAUACUUUUGUUUGUGAAUUGUUUUGUUGGUUUUUUUUUCCCUUAAAUUAAAAAGAGGAACACUUUUGGAUAUAUUUACUUAAA